UGUACAAAUUCUUAUCAAAUAUUGUUAUCUGUAUUUGUUCAUGAACAUUUAUUGAUAACGAGUUGUUUAUGUCCUCACUCCUCAAUCAAAAUUUGUACAAUUAUUAUAAAUUUUAACUAAUUAUAUUCAUUAUGACUGAAGUUUCUGAGGAUAACAUAGUUUUAGAAGGAUUUUUAUGUCCUAUAUGUAAAGUAGACUUUGGUUUAGAUCUUAAGUUAUAUUUACAUUUCCAAGAAGCUCAUGGUGAAGAUCAAGAUCUAGUCAAAUCAUUCAAAGAUUUAUUUGGCAAAGCUAAAGAAAAAAUUUUAAAAAAUGAUAUUAUAAGAAAAGAAGAACGACAUUAUAUUGUAUGGGAACCACAAGAAAUAGGAGCAUCUAGGUCUCAUAUUGAGUAUUUCAAGAACUGUCGUAAUAAAUGGGUUGAACACUUUGUUAUGGAAACUAAUAAAACAGUUGUACGACUUGAAAAGUUACUUUGCAACUUACCUCAGGAUCCAAAUAAACGAAAGGUUCAUGAACAAACUACGGUUCAGUGGUUAGAUGGUAAAGAUGUACCACGAUGUCCAGAUUGUACCAAAAUAUUCAAUAUAACCAGGCGACAACAUCAUUGUAGAUUGUGUGGUUCUAUAAUUUGUCACGAUUGCAGCUGUUUUUUAUCGUUGUCUAAAGCAUAUGAAACAAUAAAUGAAACAAGUAAACAUCAAAUGGCUUCAAUGAAUUUACCAAGUUUUCGUCUUUGUUUUCAUUGUGGACAAGUGUUGGAAAAUCGAGAGCAAAUAAAGUAUCGUGAUCAGAAACCACCUUUAUGUGAUUGUUAUGAUAAAAUCAUAGAAUGCCAGAAUAAAAUUGAUAAUGACCUGUUGAUUAAAUUUAAUCAAACAUAUAACUUACUAAAAGAAGGAGAAUUGUCUUAUCUUACUGAAGCUAAUAACAUAAGAAGUAAUAUUGGUAAGCUUGUAGAAGCAAUUGAUGUCCUUAGUAACCGAAUAUUAAAGAUGGAAAGUGUUUCAAAUUCAUCGAAGGUAAUUUCUAAAAAUAUUAAAUUGGCUAUGAUUCAGUAUGUUCGAUCUACAGUAAUUGCAAUACCAGCUCUUCCUUCUAUUAAAGAAAUUGAAGAUAUCGCUCAGAAAAAACGUGAAGCAGCUGAAGCACGUCUUCGUAAUGUUCAAGAAUCUUGUAUUAAUGAUACUCAAACAAGUCGAUCAGAUUUCAAACAGCAUAAUAAAUAUAAAAAUGAAGUGAAAUUGAAACUCGAGGAUGGUUGGAGUCCUGUUACAAAUGCAAAUGUUAAUUCUGACAAUCCAAUGGUGGAACAGAUGAACAUCAUUAGGAACUAUAUCAAACAAGCCAAAGAAGCUUACCGAUUUGAUGAAGUUGCAAGUCUUGAAAAGAAUUUACAAGAGUUGAACGAAGAAUAUUUCAAAAUGCAAAAUAAUAUUGGAAACAUACCAGAAAAUUGAUCAAAUAUUUUUAUGUAUUUUUAGA